UAUUUCAUAAUUAUACUCGGAUGUUGUCUGUGCGUUUAUUUUGUAUCUACGUAUUGCAGCACACUCAGUUUAAAAAAAAAAAAAUUACUGUUUCAACGUAUAUUCCAAGACUAUAUGUUCAAUUUUUAUUACAAACAAAGUAAUAACCAAUGAAGAUACAAUGAAGAUAAGAUUUUAUGCAACCACGGUGCGCGAUGCAAUAUAUUUUAAGUAUCAAUAACAAUAGAAAAUGUUCAUGAGGUGGUAAAUGUAAUUACCUUAGGACGUUUCCACUGGGUGUCCCGGCCAUCAACACACACACACCCCUAUAAGCCCGUCGUUGCGCGCAGAAUAAUAUAAGUAUACCAAGGCGUGCGAUCCUUUUUCACGGAUGAAGGGCUGCCGAAAGUGCCAGCACUCGCCGGUCGGUGACGACGAUUCCGUGUGUCACAUGGCCGAGAUGAACAAGGGCGCGCAGAAGAUCAUGUCCGAGCUACCGGACCAAUUGACAGCGAUGUUCACGUGGACCUUCGCGACCGCGGUAUUCGUGUUGUUUCUGGUCACGGUCACUUACGUGGUGGUCGGGUUCGGUACGUCCGUGUCCCCGGUAGCCGAAAACACCGAACCCGGGGCGGCGUCCGCGCUGCACCUAGUUUCCAAGCGAGAGUCGUGUUCGGCGUCCAACGACCCGAUCGCUCCGAAAUACGCGGUCGCCGAGUGCCGGGCUGCGUUGUCGACGGCGGCGGCGGACGCGGGCGCCGGCGACGUGCAUUACGUGUUCACAAACAGCACGACACACGUACCACGGCUGUUGAUGUGCUCGCUCGAGUCCGUGUUGAGGGCUGUCGGCAACCGGAGUCGCGUCAACGUGUUCAUCGUGCAAGGUAUCGGGUCUGAACGGCCCGUGUUGAGCGACGACGAACGGUCGGUUCCAUUGUUGUCGAGUCUGGCCAAAUUGCAGAAGGCCGCGUACGUCGGCAACCGGUUGAACGUGGUGCACGUGGGUCUAGAACUGUGCCUGGAUUGUUCGCCGUUCCGAGGCAUGGACCUUAGCAACAGCCCUGGGUUCGCGGUGUUCGCGGUGCAGUUGGCGCUGCUCUGGGAAUUCGGCGGCACCGUGCUGGACACCGGCGUGAUGGCAAUCCGCGGACAAGUGUACCGGGCUCCCGGUCCCGCGGUCGAGUAUGACGACCGGACCAUCAGCUCACCGGUCGCAUGCCACGCGUUCGUGUACGAUGCGAUGAUAUGCGCCCAGGAUCACAGGCUACGCCACGGCAAAUCGUUCGCGCCGGAUGCCGCGGUGAAGAUAAUGAACAUGACCGCGGCCUCCCAGACCGGACGCGCUCGUUUUUAUUACGCAAGGGCCGUCGACGAUGAUCUGUACCUAAACGGUUUUUGUCCCAACGUACUGCAGCAGUUACACGUUUGAAAAAGUACAUACGCAUCUCAACUGUAAUCCAUUUUUUUUCGUCUCAUUCGCCCAUUGAACAUAUUUUUAUAAUUAUUAUUAUUAUUAUUAUACAGAAGAUUGUAUAUCGAUAGUGUAUAUUGUAAUUCUUAAAUAACCUAAUAAUACUCAAGUGAUAAAUGAGUAUUUAUAUAUUUUAUACCUAAAUCAUUUUUUGUCUUUAUUUUUCUAAUCACUGUAUGAUAAAA